AUGAACUAAAUAAAUUGUAAACAUGAUCGUUGUCCUUGUUGUAAAUUAUGAAGAAUUUGGCAGAAUGAGUUUGAGGUUCAAAGAAGUGAUCGACUCAGAAUCGGAGACGAAGAUCCCUCGUCCUUUAGAUUUAGGGAGGCGACAGACAUUGGAUCUCGGAAACGGAAGCGAAAUCGUCUAUAUUAGCAAGUUCGUGUCCUCUGAUCAGGCUUGGACCUGGUUCGAUUUUCUCAAUCAACACAUUCCAUGGACUAGACCGACGAUUCGCGUCUUCGGUCGCUCCGUCGUCCAGCCUAGAGAUACUUGUUACGUUGUGAAUCCUGGAUUGACGACGUAUAGUUAUAGUGGGUAUAAACCUCAUGCCUAUACUUGGGAUGAUUUUCCUCCUCUCAAGGACAUUUUGAAUGCUGUUCACGAAGCUCUACCGGGGAGUAGUUUUAAUAGCUUACUCUUGAAUAGAUAUAAAGGUGGAAAUGAUUAUGUGGGUUGGCAUUCUGACGAUGAAAAGCUUUAUGCAUUGAACCAGGAGAUUGCUUCUGUAUCAUUUGGAUGUGAGCGAGAUUUCUUGUUGAAAAAGAAGUCCAAUAAAACUUCUCAACGAAGGAACGAUGAAGAACCUCCAGCCAAGAAAUCAAAGAAAAGCAGUGUGGCUGAUACACACUCUUUUGUUCUAAAGCAUGGUUCGCUUUUGGUUAUGAAAGGCUACACUCAACGAGAUUGGAUGCAUUCAGUGCCUAAGCGCCUCAAGGCAGAGGCAACCCGCAUCAACCUUACUUUCAGAUCAAUGCAAGGGGGAAGAGCUCCACUUUCUAACUUGGCUCAUCUAAUAUGGCACGUUUCAAGAUACAUCUUGAAUAUGACUCUCCAUUGCUUUAGAGGUGGAUUUCUGACACGACUAUGGAUGUUGCCAUUACGGAACUGGGACUGCCCAUAGGGCUAUAGUGUUAGGAUCA